AUGUCAGAUAAUCUUGAAAAAUCAAAUUCCUAUAUCGAUUGGUUAGAAAAAUCGAUUGCGGAAGAAAACGUUGUGCGUGCUAAUUGGAAAAAUCCGGAUCGUUUUUUUGCUUUGAAAUCUUUCAAUAAUGAUAUGAUCACUCUGAAAGAAGUAGUAAAUGAGAUAAAAUUACAAAAAAGAGUUGACUUUCAUCCAAAUAUUCUGCGGUUUUGUGGUAUCACAAGGGAAGAGACUGAAUGUUGGAAAUACGAAAAUGAUGAGCGUCCAAAAAUACAAAAGGUCGUUUUAAUUCUUAAAGCAAUUAUUUCUCUUGAGCGUGGUGAAAUUAUGAAUGUCAAUCUUAUUGAAGAAGAAAUUGAUUCAUCGAUAAAGGAUAAUUAUAGUUUUAAAUCAAAUAAAGAGAGAUGA